AUGGCUUCCAUGGCGACCAACGAGAACCUCCCACCAACCGUCAUCAGGCAAUUGGCUAAAGAACUGAAGAAUCUUGACGACUCACCUCCAGAAGGGAUCAAAGUUAUUGUUAAUGACGAUGACUUCGCCACUAUUUUUGCUGAUAUUGAGGGCCCUGCUGGAACUCCAUAUGAGAAUGGAAUAUUCCGGAUGAAGCUAAUAUUAUCUCGGGACUUCCCUCAGUCACCUCCAAAAGGAUUUUUCACGACUAAAAUUUUUCAUCCAAACAUUGCAACUAGCGGUGAGAUAUGUGUUAACACAUUGAAGAAGGAUUGGAAUCCUAGCCUUGGAUUAAGGCAUGUUCUGCUGGUAGUGAGAUGCCUCCUGAUUGAGCCAUUUCCUGAAUCUGCCCUCAAUGAGCAAGCUGGGAAGUUGCUGCUUGAGAACUACGAGGAGUAUGCACGGCAUGCAAGGCUAUAUACCAGUAUCCAUGCUCUCAGACCCAAGAAUAAGUCCAAGAGUGGAGCUAUCUCUGAGUCAACGGCAGCUCUGAAUAAGGGCCAGCCUCAUACUGUUCUUGCGCCAAUAUCUACCUCUACCGGCACAAAAGCAUUUGGCCCGAAUUCGCAGGAUCGGAAUGCUGCCCCUUCUGCUGUCUCAGGUGGAGCAUCGGCAGCGCCCAGGAAGGACGGGCCACUGGCCGUGAAAGUCCCCGUCGAUAAGAAGAAGAUGGAUGCGAGGAAGAAGAGUUUGAAGAGAUUAUAA